UUCUCCUUUUGUGUAUAGCUUUUGAAAUGUUAUAAUUAUAAUUCCCAGAUGAACCCUAAUUUUCAUUUCCCUCUGUUCUAACUUCGAAGAGAUCAUCAUCUUUAUUAUUCUUCAUCGUUUUUGUUCAGCCAGUCCCAUGCUCCAUCUUCGCCCAAAUCGGACCGCCUAGAGUAUAUGCACUCAUUGAAACUCUGAUCGGAACUGUAUCCAAUUUCAUAGCUACGAAAUUUGGGCUCGAAAAUUCCCAAAUUGAACAUAAAAAAGGGGAGAGCUCUCGCACACCCCAGACACCCAGUGAACGAUAAGGUGAACUUACAUGUAAAAAAGACCUGAAUUUCAUGAUUAUAGACGAUUACUGCUACCUAUUUGUGUCUAGCUUUUGAAAUACUGUGAAAAGUUGAGUCAUCUGUUACUCCUAUAACUGAUCAUUGAAAGGUAACUCCUUGCUGAAAACAAAAGAUUCCACUUUUCAUUUUAAUAUUUUGUUUUUUCGUCUGUGAUACUGUGUAUUGGAUUUUAAAGAGACAAUUCAGUCUAUUUCUAUUUUGUAGUAGUUUUUCUUUUAUUUAUACAGGGUAAAUUUUUUUCCUAGUUUAAUUUGGAAACUCAAAUGUGAGAGGAGGAAUAUGACAAUUACAAAAAUACUUCAUUUCUAUUGCAACUACUUGAUUGACAAGUCAAAUAUAAGAAUGGAAUACAAUUACUGUUAGUUUAAUUUCUUAUUGAGACUAAACAUCAUGAACUAGGAUUUUACAUCAGUUAUUGAUUGCACACUUCCUUAUUAAUGUUAAUGUGUAUUUUUAUUUUUCAAAAAAAUAAAAAAUAAAUUCCACAGUGGUAGCGAACCAUGGCAGACCAUCGAAAUGGAAACCAAGCUACUAGUGGAAAGGCUAGUGUGGUGGGAAAUUCCUAUUCAAUUGAUCUGAAUGCAUUUCAAACCAGACUGAGGACUUUUUAUGUACAUUGGGAUGAACACAAAACAGUUCUCUGGGGCUCUUCUGAUGCAAUAGCUGUUGCAUGUCCUCCACCUUCAGAAGAUCUGCGAUACCUGAAAUCUACUGCUCUGAACUUAUGGCUACUUGGAUUUGAGUUCCCUGAGACAAUUAUGGUCUUCAUGAAGAAGCAGAUCCAUAUCCUGUGCAGCCAAAAGAAGGCUUCUAUUCUUGAAUCUGUCAAAAAACCUGCCAAAGAGGCAGUUGGUGUGGAUCUUGUUUUGCAUGUCAAGCCUAAAAAUGACGAUGGAACUGCUCUAAUGGAUGCUAUAUUUCAUGCCAUCCGUGCUCAGUCAAAGGCUGAUGGCCAUGAUGCUUCUACCGUUGGAUACAUAUCGAGAGAGGCUCCUGAAGGGAAACUGCUUGAAGUGUGGGCUGAUAAAUUAAAAAAUACAAAAUUUCAUCUGAAUGAUGUGGCCAAUGGGUUGUCUUCAUUGUUUGCUGUAAAGAAUAAUGAGGAGCUUACAUCAAUUAAGAGAGCUGCAUACCUGACAACCAACGUGAUGAAAAACUUUGUGGUUUCAAAGCUUGAGAAUGUAAUUGAUGAAGAGAAGAAAGUUUCUCAUUCUACGUUGAUGGAGGAGACUGAGAAAGUUAUACUGGAACCAUCAAAAGUCAACUGUAAACUGAAGGCAGAGAAUGUUGAUAUUUGUUACCCUCCAAUUUUUCAGAGUGGGGGAGAGUUUGAUCUCAGGCCUAGUGCGGUCAGCAAUGAUGAGUUACUGCAUUAUGACUCUGCCAGCGUGAUUAUAUGUGCAGUUGGAGCCCGGUAUAAGAGUUACUGCUCAAACAUAGCUAGGACCUUCUUGAUUGAUGCAGACCCUCUUCAAAGUAAGGCUUAUGAGGUUCUUCUGAAAGCCCAUGAAACUGUCAUCGGUUCUUUGAAGCCUGGAAACAAGUUGAGUGCUGUAUACCAAGCUGCAGUUUCUGUGGUAGAAAAGGAUGCUCCUGACUUGAUUUCCUACUUGACAAAGUCUGCUGGGACAGGCAUCGGUAUUGAGUUUCGAGAGUCAAGUAUGAAUAUUAAUGCUAAAAGUGAGCAGAUAGUAAAAGAAGGCAUGGUCUUCAAUGUCUCAAUUGGAUUUCAGAACUUGCAGAGGGAGAGCAGCAAGACUAAGAGCAAGCACUUCUCUCUGUUGCUUGCUGACACGGUCAUCAUCAACAAGGACAAGACAGAAGUUGUGACUUCUAUGAGCUCAAAAGCUCUGAAGGAUGUGGCUUAUUCUUUCAAUGAGGAUGAGGAAGAGGAAAAGCCCAGUGCAAAAGCCAAUGUCAAUGGUGCAGAGCCCUUAAUGUCUAAGACCACUCUAAGGUCAGAUAAUCAUGAGAUUUCAAAGGAGGAACACAGAAGACAGCAUCAGGCAGAGCUUGCUCGUCAGAAAAAUGAAGAAACAGCAAGGCGACUUGCUGGUGGUGGCAAUGAGACAGGAGCCAACCGAUCCUCCACGAGGACUUCUGCAGAUCUUAUGGCCUACAAAAACAUAAAUGACCUUCCACCUCCCAGAGAGAUGAUGAUUCAGAUCGAUCAAAAAAAUGAAGCAGUUCUCUUGCCUAUAAAUGGAAGUAUGGUUCCUUUUCAUGUGGCCUUCAUUCGAACUGUUUCCAGCCAGCAGGACACCAACCGCAAUUGCUAUAUCAGAAUUAUUUUUAACGUUCCUGGGACCCCUUUCAGUCCUCAUGAUCCAAACUUAAUGAAGUUCCCGGGAUCUAUAUAUUUGAAGGAGGCUUCGUUCCGCUCCAAGGAACCAAAGCACAUAAGUGAAGUUGUGCAGUCCAUUAAAUCUCUCAGGCGACAAGUUGUAGCGAGGGAGUCUGAGAGAGCUGAGAGGGCAACCUUGGUUAGUCAGGAGAAACUGCAGCUUGCAAAUAAUAGAUAUAAGCCAAUAAGAUUGUCUGACCUUUGGAUUCGCCCUCCUUUUGGUGGGCGUGGAAGGAAGAUACCUGGUACACUUGAGGCUCACGUGAAUGGAUUUCGUUAUUCUACCACCAGGCAGGAUGAGCGUGUGGACAUAUUGUUUGGCAACAUUAAGCAUGCAUUCUUUCAGCCAGCAGAGAAUGAAAUGAUUACAGUCCUGCACUUUCAUCUGCACAACCAUAUUAUGGUAGGAAACAAAAAGACAAAGGAUGUUCAGUUUUAUGUUGAGGUAAUGGACAUGGUCCAAAACGUUGGAGGCGGAAAGAGAUCAGCCUAUGACCCUGAUGAGCUUGAAGAAGAACAACGAGAGAGAGAUAGGAAGAAUAAAAUUAAUGUAGAAUUUCAAAGCUUUGUGAAUCGGGUGAAUGAUCUUUGGGGACAAGCGCAAUUCAGUGGCCUUGAUCUGGAGUUUGAUCAACCUCUGAGAGAACUUGGAUUCCCUGGUGUACCUCAUAAAUCUUCUGUAUUUAUUGUUCCUACUUCAGCCUGCCUUGUUGAACUGAUAGAGACCCCUUUCCUUGUUGUCACACUAAGUGAGAUAGAGAUUGUGAAUCUAGAGAGAGUUGGGCUUGGGCAGAAGAACUUUGAUAUGACAAUAGUGUUUAAGGACUUCAAACGGGAUGUCCUCAGGAUUGAUUCUAUCCCUUCUACAUCACUGGAUGGCAUCAAGGAGUGGCUUGACACGACGGACAUCAAGUAUUAUGAGAGCAGGCUGAAUCUGAACUGGCGUCAGAUCCUAAAGACAAUCACGGACGACCCUCAAAGCUUCAUUGAAGGUGGUGGUUGGGAGUUUCUGAAUUUGGAAGCUACUGAUUCAGAUUCUGAGAACUCGGAGGAGUCAGACAAAGGUUACGAACCAUCCGAUGUGGAACCUGAAUCCGAUUCAGAGGAGGAAGCUUCUGACAGUGAAUCACUUGUUGAAUCUGAGGAUGAUGAGGAGGAAGAGGAGGAUGAUGAUGGGGAUUCAGAGGAAGAGAAGGGAAAGACGUGGGAAGAACUGGAGAGGGAAGCAAGCAAUGCUGAUAGGGAGAAAGGGAAUGAGUCUGACAGCGAAGAAGAAAGGAAGAGGAGGAAGGCGAAAACUUUUGGUAAGUCACGUGCCAGUGUAAGUAGUAGCAUGCGAAAGCGGGCCAAGUUAAGAUAGAUUUUGGUUUUUCUUCUUGGUCAUUUUGCUGUUUCGUACAGUUGCUUUAUGUUGUUGCUGCGGAUAGCUGCUCUGAGUUUUGCGGUGUUGUCCUAUGAAUAUCGUUGUAACUUAAGCUUUCCUUUCCCAUAAUAUAUAGUUUAGGCACUCGAUAGGAAUCCUUGAAUCCAAUGUCUGUCCAUAAAGUCAUCUCAUGCUCUCUCGGUAGGAGGGGUGUUGGUGUUUUCCCCCCUCUACCUUAGACAUUAUUUGCGUCUUUUUCUUUUUCUUUUUCCCGGCUGUCUUUUAUUUCAUAUGAAAAUAGCUGAAAUAAAGAAUUUGAAACAUGCAGCAGAAGUUGGCAUACAGAACAAACUUUAUUUGCUUGCAGUAUUUUUUUCCCAACUUGUUUCAUUGACUACCCAACUAGUUCGGUUCGAGCAGACUUAUACUGAGGGCGGCUUAUAUUGAGGGUGGCUCUCCUAACACCAUUUUUUCGAUU